AUAAACGACGACACUAUAGCUAAUAAUGUAGAAUGGUCAAUGAAAAACGAUCGUUUCUCUGCCGCACUGUUGACUGAAACAUGCAUUGUGCUCUUUCUUAAUGUUGACCUCAUCGCCUAUGCGCUCGUUUGGCUAUUGGACAACAGACAAAUCACGCAAUUGCCAAAGAAUCUAAUUGAUUGUUCCAAUUAUUCACAACGAGUCUUAUAUAAAAAGGUACGCGUACCCACCCAUCCAUAGUUCUUUGGCCUCUUCUCUUCCGCUUCUUUCUCCUUCUCCUUCUCCUCCUCCUCCUCGUCACCAACUCCGUCUCCUCCUCGGCCUCGCCCGGUUACUGCUUUAAUGGAGGAGAGAAGCAAGAGUGUACAUGGAGGUCACCCGCGAACACAUGGAGAAAAUCGACAACAAAAUAUACAACGGCCGCUCCGUCAACAAUGAAGUCAAGAGACUCAUCGCCUCAGCCUCCUCAAACGAGAACCUGAGUCAAAUGUUUGUCGGUGAGAAGUUCAAGGCGCCUUUGUUAGAGCACUUGUCUCCUGCGACAGAACAGCGCAGAUUCGAAAAAGGAGAUACUCUGAUAUGCGAAAGCGUCGCACCUUGGUCCAGAUGUCUUCCCCAAUUGUUUUACACGGCUAGCCUAGUAGCAAAGACGGUCCAGGGGAAAUAUUCUACAUUCGGCGCUGCUGCUGUUGAUGAAGACGGUAACCAUCCUAGAAUGGUCUUGCUUGAACAUCUUGCACAAGCUCUCCAAUAUAUCGAAUCUUGGCAGGGCGUCUUUGACCGAACGGCUUUUGAGAAACGGUACAAACUUGACUGGAUUGAUGAUGAUGAUGUGGCCUGUGAUGUUGACUAUCACGACGAAAGCGACGCCAAGCCAAAAUUUUCAAAGCGAUCUAGGAGUGGUGACGCAUCGAAGGACCAGAGACGAAAAAAUGGUGGUCAGCAUAUCGUGCCCAUUGUAAAGCCCAUUGAAGGAACGAAGCAAGAAGACAGAAAAGAAGAAAAACACAAUGGUGAAACCAGAGCGGAUUUCAACGAUCCAAUCGAGUCGACAAGAAUGGAAAAGGAAAAUUCAUCUGCAACGAACAACCUCACACCCGACCAAGAUAAUCCACCGGAAGAUAUGCAGCACUGUAGCAAAAGUACAGAAUUUUGCACUGUAUUGAAGUAAAAUGUUCCAAUAAGAAUCCAAAUUAGCGAUUCCUCAUAACCUUUCUUAACUGGCUUGUUAUGAUAC